UAGAAGGUAGAGAUAGAGAGAGAGAAAGCCACACACACCCACCCAAUUUUCCAUAGCCAUCAAAUACCCCCUUCAGUCCCAUUCCUCUCCCAAACCUCAAAUCCAAACACACUUCAAAACAAAAAGGAAAACAACAAACUGAAAAAAAAAUAUCAAAAGCAAAAUUCCUCUGUGCCUUGUGCUUUGGGGUCUGCAAGUUUAAGCUUUGCUUGAAUCUCUCAAAGCUGAAAAAAUAUAUCCUGUAUAUCCUGCAACAAACCACACUCACCCACUACCCCAAAACCCAAAAUCACAUGCUCUCCCAUUUCCCUAUAUCUUCCCAUCAUCACCACCACCAACAACACCAUCUUCAUCUCUCUUCCUCUGUUUCUCUCUCUUCUGCUUCUUCUUCUAGUUUCUCAAACCAUUUGCUGAACUGAACCAACCAAGAACACAAGAUGAUCACUUUAACAGACUUCUACCAUGUUAUGACAGCAAUGGUGCCACUCUAUGUGGCCAUGAUCUUAGCCUAUGGCUCAGUGAAAUGGUGGAAAAUCUUUUCCCCUGACCAAUGCUCUGGCAUCAACCGUUUUGUUGCUCUGUUUGCAGUUCCACUCCUUUCUUUCCACUUCAUAGCCUCCAACAACCCUUACAAGAUGAACAUUCGAUUCCUAGCUGCUGAUACCCUUCAAAAGAUCAUAAUCUUGAUCAUUCUAGCAAUAUGGAGCAACGUCUCCAAAAAGGGUUGUUUGGAAUGGACCAUUACUCUGUUUUCCCUUUCCACACUCCCAAACACUCUGGUUAUGGGUAUCCCUCUGCUCAAAGGGAUGUAUGGUGAGUUCUCAGGGAGUUUAAUGGUGCAGAUUGUGGUCCUUCAGUGCAUCAUUUGGUACACUUUGAUGCUCUUCAUGUUUGAGUUCAGAGGAGCUAGAAUGUUAAUCUCUGAGCAGUUUCCUGACACUGCUGCUUCCAUUGUCUCCAUCCAUGUUGAUUCUGAUGUCAUGUCACUGGAUGGAAGACAAGUUUUGGAGACUGAAGCUGAGAUUAAAGAAGAUGGGAAGCUUCAUGUGACUGUGAGGAAAUCCAAUGCUUCAAGAUCAGAUAUUUUCUCAAGAAGGUCUCAUGGUCUUUCUUCCACAACUCCUCGCCCUUCAAAUCUCACCAAUGCUGAGAUAUACUCUUUGCAAUCCUCUAGAAACCCAACACCAAGAGGUUCCAGUUUCAACCAUACAGAUUUUUACUCCAUGAUGGCUGGUGGGAGAAACUCCAACUUUGGUGCCAAUGAUGUUUAUGGUCUCUCAGCUUCAAGAGGACCAACUCCAAGGCCUUCUAACUAUGAUGAAGAUGGUUCUGCUGCUGCUGCUGCUGGUGCAAAUAAGCCAAAGUUUCAUCAUGGUUCUGGUGGUGGAACUGGUCACUACCCUGCACCAAACCCAGGAAUGUUCUCUCCCAAAACUGUUGCUGCUAAUGCUAACUCCAAGAGGCCUAAUGGUCAAGCUCAGCAGAAACCAGAAGAUGGGAAGGAUCUUCACAUGUUUGUUUGGAGUUCAAGUGCUUCACCAGUUUCUGAUGUGUUUGGUGGGCAUGAAUUUGGUGCUCAUGAUCAGAAAGAAGUCAAAUUGAAUGUUUCUCCAGGAAAAGUGGAGGGUCACAGAGACACUCAAGAGGACUACCUAGAGAAAGAUGAGUUCAGCUUUGGAAACAGGGGAGUAGACAGGGAAAUGAAUCAGCUUGAAGGUGAGAAAGUUGGAGAUGGGAAGUCUAAAACAAUGCCACCAGCAAGUGUCAUGACAAGGCUUAUAUUGAUCAUGGUGUGGAGAAAGCUUAUCAGAAACCCCAACACCUACUCUAGUCUAAUUGGCCUCAUUUGGUCUCUUGUUUCUUUCAGGUGGAACAUUGAGAUGCCUGCCAUCAUAGCAAAGUCUAUUUCAAUUCUGUCAGAUGCAGGGCUUGGCAUGGCCAUGUUCAGUCUUGGUCUGUUCAUGGCUUUGCAACCGAGGAUCAUAGCAUGUGGGAAUUCCAUUGCAACUUUUGCCAUGGCUGUGAGAUUCCUUACAGGUCCAGCUGUCAUGGCAGCUGCUUCCAUUGCUGUUGGACUCAAAGGAACACUCUUACACGUUGCUAUUGUUCAGGCAGCUCUACCCCAAGGAAUUGUUCCAUUUGUCUUUGCCAAGGAAUAUAAUGUACAUCCUGAUAUUCUCAGCACAGCUGUCAUUUUUGGGAUGCUCAUUGCUUUGCCCAUUACUCUAGUGUACUACAUCUUGUUGGGGUUAUGAAUGGAUCAUGACAUGAUGGAUGGUACAUAAGCCUCACAGUCACGUGUAGUGUAGCAUCCAUGCAAGGCUUGGUAAAGGAUUGUAGAGAGCAUCAUGAAAAAAUUACAAAGGAAUAGAAGAAAAGCAUCCCCAGAAUUCAUGAAUAGGAGGAACACCCUAGUAGUUCUUUUUUAUUUUUUUUGUAUGUUUCCUUUUUUUUUCUUUUUGAAUGAAUUGCCUUAUCUUAGUGAAAAUGUAAGAUGUAGCUAAUUUACAAAAUGAUUAUCUUGUUACAUUUUAUA